AUGGGAUCGUCGAAGUCGCUCGCCGCACUUACGGCGGCCGCUGUAAUGGCUCCAUAUACUGAGAGUUUCUUACUCCCGGGUGUGCAGAUGACGACAUACACGAAGAGUGAACCUCUUCCUCUCUUCGUCAACAGUUUAAAGUCAUCCGAGACGCUAUUACCUCUCGAUUACUACAAGCUACCUUUUUGCCAGCCCGAAAAGAUCGAGUACAAGUCAGAGAAUCUGGGCGAGUACCUAACUGCUAACCGUAUUCAGAAUUCCCCAUAUGAGAUUAAGUUUCUUGAGGGACAGCAAUGUACCGUUUUAUGUCAGCAGGAAUACGAAGAGGUGGAUGUCAAGACGUGGGAAGAUACAAUUAAGGACUCGUAUCGUGUGAACUGGAUCUUAGACAACCUACCGGCUACGUCCGUAUCGCCUGAAGGUGGCAUGACAGUCGGUUUUCCUCUUGGAAGCUUUAAUCCUGAAGUGGAAGUGGUACCACAACUUAAUAAUCACGUUAAGAUACUUAUUGGUUACAACAAUCAUCCGAUAGGUACGACAGCAUCUGAAGAAGAAGGACGCAUUGUGGAUUUUAAGGUCAUUCCAUAUAGUUUGGAUUAUGCAUUUCGAAAUUAUGAUAAGGCCAAAAAUCGUAUGGAUUCAUGUGAGCAUUCGAGUGAUCUGAAAAGUCCACUAUAUGUGCGCAAGAACAAGGAUGGCAAGAUGCCCGUUUACUGGACGUACAGUGUCGAAUGGGUUCUCGAUAACGAGCAUGAUUGGCGUACUCGUUGGGACGUCUACUUUGAUGCUGGUUCAGGCGGUGAUGAAGUGCAUUGGUUUUCAAUCAUCAAUGCUCUCGUGAUCGUACUUUUCCUUAGUGGAAUGGUUGGAAUGAUUCUCAUGCGCAGUCUUCACCGUGAUAUUAGCCGCUACAAUCGCGUGCCGACAGAGGAAGAGCGCGCUGAAGAGCGUGAAGAAUCGGGUUGGAAACUUGUGCACGCUGACGUGUUCCGUCCGCCGUCCAAGAAUCCGAUGCUUUUCUGCGUUAUGGUGGGUACAGGCUGUCAGCUUCUAGGUAUGGCGUUCGUCACGCUCUUUUUCGCGGCUGUGGGCGUUUUAGCGCCUUCUAAUCGAGGCAAGCUGGUGAUUGCUCUCCUUGUGUGCUUUGUGCUCUUGGGUAUACUGGCUGGAUUCACCUCAGCGCGUAUGUACAAGAUGUUUAAGGGCAAGCGCUGGCAAAUGUGCACCGUCCUUACAGCUGUACUUUUCCCGGGCAUCAUGUUCUCGCUCUUCUUUUUUCUCAAUUUGUUUGUCUGGGGUGCUGGCUCAGACGCUGCAGUACCAUUCGGCUCGAUACUUCUUGUCUUCUUCCUCUGGACUGGCAUUUCUGUACCGCUAGUGUUUGCAGGGGCCUACUUUGGUUUCAGGAACCCAUCGAUGGCAUUUCCUGUGGCGACGAGCAACAUCCCGCGUCCCAUCCCACCUCAACCAUGGUACAUGACUCACGUGACGGCAGCGGCAGUGGGUGGCGUCCUGCCUUUUGGUGCCAUCUUUGUAGAGCUCUUUUUCGUGCUCUCAGCUUUGUGGACAGACAAGUACUACUACGUCUUUGGCUUUCUGCUGCUAGCAUUUCUCAUUUUGAUCAACACGUGCGCGGAAAUUACAAUUGUCCUCACGUACUUUCAGCUCUGCGCUGAAGAUUAUAAUUGGUGGUGGCGGUCAUUCUUUGUGUCCGGUGCUUGCGGUGUCUACGUAUUUCUCUAUUCGACGUACUACUUCUGGACGCGUUUGGACGUGGCGAAUUUUAUAGGCGCCAUGCUUUAUUUUGGCUACAUGGCCGUUAUCUCGGGUGCACUAGCGCUAUUGACGGGUGCCGUAGGUGUUGGUGCUUCGCUCUGGUUCACACGCAAGAUCUACGCUUCCAUUAAAGUCGAUUAG